UCCUGUAUCUAGGGAGACGACAACAUGGAGGCGGAGUGAGUUCUGAGAGUUGGUCCCAGGACCAGGGGAACUGCGCGAGCGGCCAAAGAAGGUUCACAUCAACUUUAUGAAAUAAGAUAAUCCCCAUUAGGUGAGACGACUGAGACUCAAGGAGAUUGAGAAACUUGCCCAUCUCAACAAACCUGAGCAGGUGCUGGAACCCAGCUCUCCUUGCUUCAAGAUCAUCGUUCACUUCCCUAAACCCUAAGACCUGAUCUGGACCAGAUUUCUACUCCAUUGUCUCUAAUUUCUUCUAUAUGUGAUGAUUGGAGACUUUUUCAGAGCCCCAAGGCAGUGACUAUCUAUAGAAUCCCCUGAGGUCACAGACAUUAAUGAGUCUGGCAGGACUACAAAGCCAUCCAGUAGCAGAAAAGUAAUGGGACUCUCCUCCCUGUCUCCCCAGCUUGCAUUUCUUUGAUUCCACCUGAACCGUCCUCCUUACAAUUGAAGGAGGUAAGCCACGUUCAGAAGCAACAAGCAGAGAACAAAAUCCAGAUAAAGGUGUGUGAUGCUCAUCCAGGCAGCCCCAAGCCCCCUGAUGAGGACCAGGGACAGUGGUGACUACACCAUGAACUCCGGGUCCUGCCUGAGUACCAGCACCAUGGCCAUCCCCACCAUCACUGGCAGCAGCGCGGCCCUGAGUGCCUGCAGUAGCAGCAACACCAGUGCCCACCCUGCCAGCUUCACGGGCACCCAAAUAUGCUUCCCAAAGAGGCAAGACAAAGUGAAGAAGAGGGUCAUCUGGGGCAUCGAGGUGGCUGAGGAGCUGCAAUGGAAAGGCUGGGCAUUGGGGAAGGAGAUCACCAAGAACCUGACUCUGAAAAAUAUAUCCUUGAAAAUCCAGAAGAUGAAGUACAGGUCUCCCAAGACCAAGUUCUUCUUCACAGUCAUCCCCCAGCCCAUCUUGCUGAGCCCGGGCAUAACCUUCACGCUCCCCAUUAUUUUUCGGCCUCUGGAGGAGAAGGAGUAUGUGGACCAGCUGUGGUUUGAGAAAGCAGAGGGGAUGUUCUGUGUGGACCUGAGGGCCACCCUUCCUUGCCACAGUCUGACCUGCCCACGAUCCCUGCAGUUGCCCACGUGUGCCGUGGGGGACGUGACUGAGGCCUGGUUUUGCCUGGAAAAUGUGGGGGACUUGCCCACCUUCUUCACCUGGGAGUUCCCCAGCCCGUUCCAGAUACUGCCCACCACGGGGCUGCUGGAGCCAGGCCAGGCCUCUUGCAUCAAGGUGACCUUUCAUCCCCUUAUGGCCACCAUCUAUGAAGUUCAGGCCACAUGCUGGUAUGGAGAAAGCAGCAAGCAGAAAAGAAGCAUCCAGCUGCAGGCCGUGGCCAAAUGUGCCCAGCUGCUGGUGAGCAUAAAGCAGAAGCGACCAGAGGACCAGGAUGCUGAAGGUUUCCAGAAAGUGUUGCACUUCGGCUCUGUUGCUGUGGGCUGCACUGCUGAGAGACAGAUCAAGCUCUAUAACCCUUCCAUGGUGAGCGCCCCCUUCAGGAUCGAAGUGGCCCCAGACAUGCUGGCCAAAGACCACACCUUCUCCUGCCCCACUACCAAUGGCAUUGUGCCUCCAGGAGAGAAGAAAUUCGUGUCGGUGUUCUUUCACCCCGAGACCUUGGACAUCAGAACUAUUGACUACUUGUCCAUCAUGCCCUCUGGCUGUGCCUCCCACACAUUGCUCAAAGUCGUCGGUUUCUGUAGAGGCCCUGAGGUGUCCCUGCAGCACUGCUGCGUCAACUUCGGCUGGGUCAACCUCGGGGAGACCUUGGAGCAGACCCUGCGGAUUGAGAACAAGUCAGACUGCACAGCCUACUUCCAGUUUGCCAUUGACUGCCAAGAGAGUGUCUUCGACAUCAGACCUGCCUUUGGGACCCUGGUGGGCAAGGCCCGCAUGACCUUGCACUGUACCUUCCAGCCCACUCACCCCACCAUCUACUCUCGGCGAGUGGCCUGUCUCAUCCACCACCAGGACCCACUGUUCCUGGACCUGAUUGGGACCUGCCACUCGGACAGCACCAAGCCAGCCAUCCUGAGACCUCAGCACCUUGUUUGGUACCGCACACAUCUGGCGCGGGGCCUGACGCUCUACCCUCCGGACAUCCUGGGCACCAUGCUGAGGGAGAAGAAGCUGGAGCAGGAUAAGAAUGGGGCCCUCCUGAUUCCUACUGAGGCCCUGGAGAACGUGUCAGCCCCACAGUAUCCUCUGAUCUCCCCCAUGAAUGAGUACUUCUUCGAUGGUACCAGCGACAUAGCCAUCUUCCCUCCACCUGUCAGCAUAGAGCCCACUGAUGUGGAUUUCGGUGCCUGCCCUGGGCCCGGGGACCCCAACCCUGUCCCCCUGUGCCUGAUGAACCACACCAAAGGCAAGAUCACAGUGGUCUGGACACGGAGGUCUGACUGCCCCUUCUGGGUGACCCCAGACACCUGUGAUGUGCCCCCACUCAAGUCCAUGGCCAUGCGCCUGCACUUCCAUCCGCCUUACCCUAACUGCCUGUACGCUGUGGAGCUGGAGGCCUUCGCUGUCUAUAAGGUCCUCCAGAACUACCAUAACAUCGAGGAGGACUCUACCGUGUGCCCCUCCUGGUGCCUGACCCUCCGCACACGAGGCCAUAGCUAUUUUGCUGCCUUGGAGCCCCACAUCCCUCAAUAUUCUCUGGACGCCCCCAAGCUCUUUCCUGCAGUGCCCCCCAGCGAACCCUCCUACCGCAGCCUGCUCUUGAUCAACAAAGGCUCCAUGCUGUUGACCUUCAACCUGGCCCCCCAAAGCAGCUCAGACAUCUCCUUGCGGCCCAGUUCAGGCCUUGUGGCCCCGGGAGCCCACCAGAUCUUCCUCAUCUGUACCUACCCGAAGGGCAACGCUUGGAAGCAGCACAUUUUCUACUUGCAGUUCAAUUUUUGUCCCCAGUAUCUCAAGGAGGUAAGCAUGCAGAGCCGGGAGGAGCCCCUACAUCUGAAGCUGGACACCUGUAAGAGCGUGUUCUUCAAGCCCACCUGGGUGGGCUCCUCCUCCAGCAGCCUCUUCACCUUCCGCAACCCCUCGCGUCUGCCACUGGAGUUUGAAUGGAGGGUUUCCCAGCAACACCGGAAGAUGCUGGCCGUCCAUCCCGCUAGGGGACUUAUCCAGCCCAGUGAGAGCCUUACGGUGACGUGGACCUUCAGCCCACUGAAGGAGACCAAGUACCUGUUCCGAGUGGGGAUGUGGGUCUGGGAAGCCGGUCUGCCCCCAGACACCAAGCCCCCUGCUACCACCCACUAUAUGCUCCGGCUGGUGGGCAUGGGCAUCACCAGCAGGCUCUCUGCAAAGGAAAAGGAGCUGGAUUUCGGGAACCUGCUGGUGAACAGCAAGCAGUCCAGGUUGCUGGUGCUUCUGAACGACGGCAACUGCACCCUAUAUUAUCGCCUGUUCCUGGAGCAGUGUAGCCCUGAGGUCAUGGACGACAGCCCACUUGCUUUGCAAAUGGACCGUACAGAGGGCAGAAUGCCACCCCGGUCCCAGGACACCAUCUGCUUGUCAGCAUGUCCCAACCGCCGGUCCCAGUACUCCUGGAUUAUCAGCUACUCCCUCCUCUCACACAGAGAUAACAAGGCUGGGGAGAAGCAGGAGCUGUGUCACGUCUUCUUGACGGCUGUGUACCCCUUACUCUCCAUCCUGGACGUCUGCUCCAUGGGCAGCGCUGAGGGCAUCACCCGGAAGCACCUGUGGCGCCUCUUCUCCCUGGACAGGCUCAACAGUUACUUGGAGCGCGACCCUACCCCCGAGGAGCUCACCUAUAAGGUGCCUACCCGGCACAGCACAAGCCAGAUCCCCACCGUCUUCACCCCUCUGAAGCUCGACUUCAAUUUUGGAGCAGCACCGAUAGAGGCCCGGCCCUCUGUGGUGCUCCUGGCCCUGAAGAACAUUGGGGCAGUACCCCUGGACUGGGCGUUCCUCUUCCCAAGUGACCAGCAGAUUGACCUGGAGCUGUGGGCAGAGCAAGCAGAGUUUGACUGCACUGAGCUGCACCAAAUGCGUGUACAGGACAACUGCAUAUUCUCCAUCAGCCCCAAGGCUGGGAGCCUAGGUCCUGGGCAAGAGCAGAUGGUGGAGUUCAAAUACAGCCACCUGUUCAUCGGCACUGAUCGCCUCCCAGUGCUCUUCAAGGUGUCCUAUGGCCGUGAGAUCCUGCUAAAUUUCAUAGGUGUGACAGUGAAGCUGGAGCAAAAAUACGUGCACUUCACCUCCACUAGCCACCAGUUCAUCCCUGUCCCCAUCGACGACACACUGCCCCCAAGGCAGGUUCAGGAAAAGAAUUUUGAUCACCCUAUCUUCAGCUGUCUCAACCCCCAAGGGGAGAUCCAGCCAGGCUCAACGGCUCAGGUCUUGUGGAUCUUCUCACCGAUUGAGGCCAAGACCUACACAGUGGAUGUGCCCAUACAUAUCCUAGGAUGGAACUCAGCCAUCAUCCGCUUCCAGGGAGUGGGCUAUGACCCCCAUGUCAUGGGGGACACAGCCCCCUUCCACAACAUCUCCUCUUGGGACAACGACUCCAUACAUUCUAGGCUGAUGGUUCCCGGACAGAAUGUCUUCCUGUCCCGGUCUCAUAUCUCUCUGGGAAACAUUCCUGUGCAGAGCAAGUGCCGCCGCCUUCUGUUCCUCAACAACAUCUCUAAGAAUGAGACCAUUGUCUUUGAGUGGCAGCUGAAGCCUCUAGACUUUGGGGAGGUGUCUGUGAGUCCCAUGAGAGGGAAGGUGGCUCCUGAAGAGACAAUCCCAUUUGUGGUGACCCUGCAGACCUCAGUGCAUGCCAGCUUCUACAGCAUGGACCUAGUGUGCAAGGUGCACCAGCAGGAGCUCCUGAAUCAGUACCAUAAGGAGCUACAAGAGUGGAAGAGUGAGGAGGUGCGGCAGAAAGUGGAAUUCACCAUCACAGAUAAGAAAGUAAAGAGAAGGGCAUAUUGUACAGCCUGUGAACCUGUGAGGAAGUACAAGACGCUGCCCCCCAUCAAGAAUCAGCAGCCUCUCAACCGGCCUGCCAGCUGGAACCUUAAGAUCUCAAAGGAGGAGCCAUCCUGGCUGUGUCCCCAGCUGCCCUCGCCAGGCAUACUGUGCUUGGGCCUCACUGCCCGUGCACACGCCACCGACUACUUCCUGGCCAACUUCUUCUCCGACUUUCCCCGCCACUUCUUACACCGGGAGCUGCCCAGGAAGGAGUUGGCGGCUUCUGAGGAAGAAUCCCCUGACAAGUGGGCCCCUGUCUCCAAGCAGGAGAAGCAACUCCUGGUUGACUGUCUCACCGCCAUCAUCAGGGGUCUGCUAGAAGACAAGAUCUUCCAUGAGGCCGUGGACCAAAACCUGGUGGAGAAGAUACCUUACUUCUGCCAGUUCUGGAGUGAGCAGUCAGCCAAGUUCAUGGCCCAGAACAACAGCCUACACUUAGCGCCAGUCCUGUCUCCAUCCUCCAGCAGCUGGGAGGAAGACAAAGGCAAGGAGCAGGAGGAGGACGAACUGAGCCUGGGGAAGAAAGAAAUGGAAGAAGAGGAGGAGAAGAGCAAAGAGGAGGAGGAGGAGCUGGAGGAGGAAGAAGAGGAACAAGAGGAGCUGGAAGAGGUGAAGGAGACAAGCAAGAAGGAGCUGGAGGCAGAGGAGCUGGAGAAGGAAGAGAAGUUGCCCUGGAUGGCGAUUGAGCCCACACGGCAGCGCAUGUCCCAGGAAUCCCUGAAAUGGCGGUGGCAGCAGCAGCUGAAGGUCAUAGUGAAGGAGGAGCAAGAGCAGGAUGAGAAGGAGGCAAUCAGCCGUCUCCCGGCGUUCGCCAACCUGCAGGAGGCGCUGCUGGAGAACAUGAUCCAGAACAUCCUGGUGGAGGCGAGCCGCGGGGAGGUGGUGCUCACCUCCCGGCCGCGCGUCAUCGCCCUGCCUCCGUUCAGCGUUUCCAGGAUUGUGACUCCAGACUUGCUGGCGGCGCCGCCCCUCGGGCUGCAUCAAGCAGAGGUGCCCCGCCCGGUGGCGCCGCCCCCUACCAACACUCUGCAGAUGUCAGCGCCCCGCCCCACGGACUUGCUGCUUUAAGGACCCCCAUCUCCACCGCCCCGCCAGUAAAGCAUAUAGCCUUUUUUUUCCCC